AGAAUUAAAGAAACAUCAGAAUAAAUGAACACGUUUCAGCUUCUGAUUGACGCUCAUCGUUAGACCGCGAAUAGUUUUUUCCCUUCUGUCACUUGUUCGUUUUUAUUUCAAUUUCAAACAUCAACUAAUAAAGAUCAUUUAUUGAGUUACACAGUUCGAAACUAGUGAGAAAAUGGCAAAAUUACCGCUUUUAUUCAUCGCAGUAUUUUGUUUCGUUCAGAUUGCUUCAAGUGCUCGCAUAUCGAAGCGUGAAGUGACGGAACAAACUACCGCUAUUGAAAUAACAACUGAAUCAAUUCUCGACAAGAUUAAGAACGGAUUGACGAAAACUUUUUCAGAUGAUAACAUCAACCAAGCGAAGCAGAAAAUAACAGAUUUAGGAGAAAGAGCUAAGGAUUUGGGUGCACAAGCACUGAAUAAUGUUCAGACAAGAAUUCAGAAUGCUCUACAUCUUGAUCAAACUUCAACCACAACAGCACCAACUCCAUUUACAGAUGCCGCAACACGUGAGAAACGUGAUGAAGAAGUGACAACUCCAAAUAUUCUUGAUUCAAUCAAAACAGGCAUCGAAAAUGCAUUGAGUGAACAGAACAUCAAAACUGCUGUCGAUAAUCUCAAUGAAUUUGGAGAAAAAUUAAAAGUUUUAGGAACAAAAGUUAUGACGAAUGUUCAAAAUGCCUUGAAAUCGGAUGAAACAACUGCAGCUCCAUAAAGACGAUUUCUCAUAGACAAAUGAUACAAAUAAAAUUGUUUUGUCUCAAGAAAUCUCAAAGUCGUACGAUGUAGUUUCAUUCUUUUAAAUAAUCUUUUCGUCGAAAACCUUUUGGCUCGCUUCACUGAUAACUUUAAGAAUGAGUAAAAUGAUGAUAACGUUUGAAGCUUUAAUUAAAUCUUUCAUAAUACUUUGUAUAAGAGUAACAAGCAAAGUCAUAUCCUGCUGUCGAAAUUACAAAAAUGCUUUCAAUUUCAGUUGAGAAUAGUUAAGUUGAAGCUUUUGUUCAAAGCAUUUGGAGCUUAACGAGGCUUGCGGAAUAAUUUUACCUAAAAACUACACUUGAAGGUGAAAUCUUUCAUAUGUCAAAAAAGAAUUUAAGAAUAAAUAUAAUUAACUACUUCUUUUCAUGCCUUGAAUUGCAAUUCAUUCAAACGACAAUCUUAAGAAACCAAAGUUCAAUAAACUCAAUUUUUUCA